AUGGUUAGAACUCAACGAAACCCUUCGCUAGAAAGACCCCUAGUGCAAGACGCAAGGGUCCCUCUUGACCCACUGCAAAUAAUUAUGGAUCGUCUCGAGCAACAGCAGAAGACCAUCGAAGAGAUGAGGGCGGCACAGGCUUGCCAAGAACAAGAAAGGGAUGCAGCGAUAGUGGCAGCAGUAGCAGCGGCAUUAGCAAAUCUUGACAGAAGGCAGCCAGAGGAAGAAACCUCAGCAGUGCAAGCAACAGAACAAUUACCUAGGAUGGCAAUGCUAGAAAUAGACCCUAACAGUAUCCAGCAAGGGAUGACACGUUUCUGUAAACACAACCCGCCAUCAUUUGAUGGAGUGUUUGAUGUCCAAGUGGCAGAAGACUGGAUUAGCCGAUUGGAGAAGAUUUUUAAAGUAUUAGACUGCCCGACGGAGUGGAAAGCUCAUAUGUCUACUCCCAAGUCAGAGAAGAGAGAUCAAGAUGGCACCUCCUCAAAUGCCAAUAGGAAGAGAAGGAGGCCAUGGGACAAUCGAAAGAAUAAGAAAGGAGGCAAGCCCUCAAACAGCAAGGAAUGUCUAACCUGCGGCAAGAGUCACGGUGAUAGACCGUAUAUGGCCGGGCAAAAUGUUUGCUAUACUUGCAGCAAACCUAGACACUUCUCUAGAGAAUGUCCACAGAAUACGGAAAAGGCAAGGCCACGCACCCAAGGACGAGUAUUGGCUAUCACACAGGAAGAAGCCCAGAAGUCACCAGAAAUGAUCUAA